UCUGCGUUGCAAACUUCAUGCCACGGGCCGGUCUGUCUGGAGAGAUUUUUCACAAGGCCGCUGUGAAUCUUACAGAGACUCCAACCCCAAACACCUGAUCUGGAGAUUCCCCCGCCUGGAUCCCGUAGCAAACUGGAGACUCGAAUGAGAUGUGCACUUUGAGUGCGAAGUCCCUUGCGGCCAGAGUCCUGGGCCCACUAAAAGGGUCCAGGAAGCUCUAGAUAGAUGCUCUCUUAUGCUAUCUCAGGCUAAUUUUUUAAUACGACAGCAGCAGUGGUGUAAUGAAUUAAAAAUUCGAAGGGAUAGAUAUGGCAUAUCGUGUAAAAUAUGCCUCAUGCGGUAUCUUCCAGCUAUUGAGUUUUCCUUGAAACAAAAAUGCUGGCAUGAUGUGAAACACCUCUCUAACUCUGUCAUACAUGAUUGAUCAGCAUUCUUUUCAUCAUAAGAAGUCUUCUAGGAUCAAGGUCUCGCAGGAUAUUUCUCACUUCUACUAUUGAGUAUUUUGCAGGACAGUCACUUGACAAUAAACAGCCUAGAGGUAUAUCCUUCUUUGGCCUUCAAUUCCUCAGGAAUAUACACUUCUAUUAAAGAAUUCUUCAAAUUCUGAGAGAGUCUCCGGUCACACUUAAAUGUCAUGGCUGGGGUCAAGAACAAGCCCACUGGCCCCAGCAGCUUCUUGUUAUGGCUAUUCUACCGCAUGUAUUCGGCCAGGGUCACCAUACUGUGGGUUAUGACUGUGCUUCUAGUGCUUGUGUUUGUCAUCUUUGGCUAUGUGGAUCAGUUCUGUCGGCACUGUGUGGAGUUGGAUCUGCAGAAACAGCUUUCUAGAGAUGGAAGGAUCCAACAAAUGGAUCAGAACCCAACAGUUGGCAGCAACUCCUGUUUAGCAGUGAAUUUUGCAGAGGAAGGCAGUCAAACGCUGUUAGCCUUGGCCAGCUAUCCAGGGUCAGGGAACACUUGGUUGAGACAUCUAAUGGAACACUCUACAGGCAUUUAUACAGGCAGUGUCUACACUGACAAAAGACUCCAACAGGGUGGUUUCCAUGGAGAAAGUGUCAACUUCAUGAAGAAGAGCGUUCUUGGUGUGAAGAUGCACCGAUGCAGUAAGAAAGAGCUAGUGAAGUUUGAGGCACUCAUUCUUCUUGUCAGGAACCCGUAUCAUGCCAUGAUCUCAGAAUGGCAUCGUUACCACUCCUCAGGCCAUGUCAACAAAGCUGAUGAAAAAUCAUUCCGCACAAAAGAAUGGGAGGAGUUUGUUGAAGAAGAAAGUAGCCAUUGGGAGAGGAUGAUGCGCAACUGUUUGAAGGACUCCCUGCGGACGAUGGUUGUGUUCUAUGAAAACCUUCAGGCCAACUUAGAAAUGGAACUGGCACAUAUUCAUCGCUUCCUACGGGUGCCCAUAGACAUUGAAAGGUUAAAAUGCGUGAAGGGCCACUCGGAGGGGAAGUUUCAUCGGGGGUCAGAUCAAGAGUUUGACCCUUAUACAGAAGAAAUGGUUACCAAAAUCAAUAGGAGGAUUGAAAAUGCUGCAAUUACUCUCAAGGACAAGGCCGAUGUUAAAUUUCCAGUGGAUUACAGGAAGUUACCUGGCUCAUAGCACAGGUCUUUAGAUGAAAUCAUUUUGAAUUAAAGCCAAACAUUGCUCAUGUAGGUGUAGGUACAAAAUGCUUUAUCACAAUCAUGAAUUUUCUUUUACCAAGCCAAAGUUAUUUUAUACAGUAAGUUAUGGGGAUCAUGAAAGAAUCAUGUCGCAACCCAACAAAAACCAAAAGCUACAGCAUUUUAGAAGUGCCAGUAAGCAGGUCAUUUAAUUUUAUGAUACUAUAUACCAAUUUGCAACUCAGAUGAUCAGUACUUGUGUGAAAAUGUUACAGCAGUGAAUAGCUUCAACAGAGAUACCAGAUUUCCAGCAAUUGCUCUGAAAAUCCAGCCCAGGCAGUGCAUACUCAAAUCAUACUUUUUUUGUGUGUGUGCUUUAUACCCCAUUAACAUUUGGUCUAUGAUCAUCAUAGAGUGCCCACCUGGGGAUCGUAUUCUGUUAAGCCUAACAAUUUUCCUACAGUGGACUCAGGAAUAAAAUAGCGUACUUGACCUUGGCAACAGGCGUAAAUUUGG